AUGGAAUAUGAAGAAGAAGAAUUUGUGGUGGUAGGUUAUGAAGAUUGUUCUGUAGAUGAAGAGAAACUAGAUUCUUCUUCUAUAACAUCAAAUAAUACUUUCAAAAAUAUAUUGAAUGAUGAAGAAAUGAAUACUAUUAAGAUGGAUGAUAUUUUUUCUCUGAAUCCUACAAGUGACAAUAACUCUUCUAUGAUGGAUGAGGUACGUAAAAAUGUAUCUGAAGAAAAUCUUCAUUAUGAUGAGAUGAUUGAAAAAGCUGAAGAAGUUGUUAAUAAUAUUCUUAAAAAUAUUCCUGAAAAAUAUUUAACAGAAUCAGAUGAUAAUAAAUCAAAUGAUGUAAUUGAAAAAGAACACCAACCAGAUGAUGAAUUUUCUAUUUUUUCAAAAAAUAAUAUUGAAAUACAAAAUGAUAAGGAGACAGAUGACAUUUUUGUAAGUGAUCCAAAACCUACAACUACUCAUUAUGUCACAGAAUCUAUUAUCCCUGACACCAAUAGUCCUUCACCAGCUCUUGAAAAUUUUGUAGAAAAUAUUUCUGAUAAUAUUAUUGAUACUUCAACAGAUAUUGCUACUAAAAUUACAGACCAAACAAAAGAUUCCCUUAAUAAUACUCCAAAGAUACAUGAAACUGAUAUCCCUAAUUUUGAAACAACUAAUUAUACAUUUGAAAAUAAUAAACCAGAAGAAAUCAGCCAUUUUUAUGAUGAAACUCCUCAUGAUAAUGUAACAUUUUCUCAACCACCCACCGAAAUAUAUAAUCAUGAUAUUUAUGAAUUAAAAAAAUUGGAUGAAGGAGUUAAUGAAACCUUUGAUAAUAAACUUUUUGAUUCACAACAAUUAUUAAGCAAAAGUAAUGAUUUUUUCAAUGAACAUAUUAAUGAAAUUCCAACAAAUAUUAAUAACAUUGUAACCUCACAAUUUGAUGAAGUAAAAAAUAUUAAAGAACCUUCACCUUCAAAUGAUGAUAUUAAAAAUUUCUACACUUUUGAUAAUCAUUUUAAAGAAGAAGAAGAGGAAGAAAUAAAAAAUGAUAUGUUAGAAUUUUCUUCAACAGAUGACCAAGAAAGUGAUGAUAAAAAUAAUUCACCUAUUAUGAAUGAUUCUUUUGAAAAAAUUACCCUUCAACAAACUAUGUAUUCUCCAAGUAUUCAUGAUGAAAAAUCAUACCCCACAUCAAAUAUUAAUCACUCAACAAUACCUGAAUAUAAGAUGACAGAUGAUGAUAUAACAAAUUUUGAUUAUCCUGAUAUCACCCAAAAAAAUAAUCAUUUAAUAAAUCAAAAUGAAGAAAACGAUGAAUUUAAUGAACAAAAUAAAAAUGAAAAAGAGACAUUUGAUAUGAAUAACAUUCCAAGUCAAUCUGUACCAAAAGAAUCAAGUAACUUACAUGAUAAUGAUAAAUCAUUUGAUGAUCCAUCAAAUGGAAGUUAUCAUUUCAACACUUCUGAUGACAAAAAAUUUGAUAAAACUUCUGAAAUCUUUUCUGAAAUUUCUAGAGAUGACAAAGAUCAUUCUUUUAAUCAUUCACCAGAAGGUGGUCUUCAUACUGUUGUAGAUGAUAUUCUUGAUAGAAUUAAUGCUGCUGCUUCAACAGGCAAACAUACAAUAGAUCAGGAAAUUUCUCCUGUUGUUGAAGAAAAUGAAAGUAAUGAAUCACCAGUCUCACAAAAUACUCCAGUAACUCCUGAUAUUAUUGAGAAGUAUAACAAUGAAGAAUUUGAUGAGGAAGAAACUCCUCAACGUAAUGGUCCUCUUACAAUUCCUCAUGAAAUAAAAAAUAAUGAUGUUGAUAAAGAUUUUGAUAGUGGUGAUAUUCCUAAAGAACCUAGUUUUGUUCCACGUCCACCAACUCCUCCAAAAGAUUUGAAUGAUGAUGAGUAUCAACCUGAAGUUCUCAAUCUUGGACCACCACCUCCUUCUCAUCAUUUCUCUACUUCUGAGCCUCAUAAACCAAUUCUUAAAACAGCUUAUCAUCACGAUAAAGCAUGGGUCGACUUUAAGACAAUCAAUCCUAAAGUGAUGGAUAUUCUGUAUUGGCGUGAUCCAAAGAAAUCUGGAAUAGCUUUUUCGCUUUCACUUUUGGUUCUUCUUCUUUUAACCAAGCUUUCAGUUAUUUCCCUCUUUGCAUAUGCUUCACUUCUCAUUCUUACAACAACACUUGGUUUCCGCUUGUUUAAAGCUUUUGAAGCUAAAGUUAAAUCUGGUGAUUCAGGAAAUCCAUUUAAUGUUUACCUUAAUGAACAAUUUACCAUCCCAAGUGAGAAGGUUCAUGCUCAAGUUGAUGUAAUUGUUGAACAAUUACAAGUAGGAAUAGGUAAACUUCAAAAAUUAUUCCUUAUUGAAAACAUUUGUGAAUCAGUCAAAUUUGUUGGUAUUUGUUGGGCUUUAACUUAUGUUGGUGGAUGGUUUUCUUUACUUGGUUUAUCAUUUAUUAUUUUGAUUGGAGCUUUUACGUUACCAAAAUUCUAUGAAGUUUACCAAGAACCAAUUGAUGCUUACUUAAAAAUUGCUAAAGAAAAAAUACAUGAAGUUACAAAACAAAUUGAACAAAAAGCUCCAUGUAUCACUAAAUUAUGUGGUCCCUGUACACAAAAUGCUGCUCCAGUUGAACCAGAAAAGAAAGAUCAAUAG